CUUCAAUUAAACAAAAUGGCCGAUAUGCUAUAGGAUUCAAUUUUUAUCUACGACAUUAAGAAUAAAUAAGAGACCAAAAUAUGUCCAAAAGGGAACCAAAUGAACGAAAUGAAAGAAAAUUGGAUGCCAGUGAAUAUGAAAACAUCAUUUCGCAGCAUAACAUAUUUGAAUCAUCGAGGCCUAAACAACACGAGCUGCCAAGCUUUCCAGGAUUUUCAAACGCAGAAACACAAACAAAAACAAGUGAUAUCAAAGGUCAAGGGGCCCAAACAGGGUUAGGUGCAUGGCCUUAUAAUCCUUGGUGGAUGCUGGCAAGCACUUCAAGAAGUAUACCAUCUCAAGAUGACUUUUCAGAAGAAAGUGACCAGGCAAAAAUAAAGCAAGAACCUAGCGGAGCUGGCACUCCGGAUCAUGACCCAUUACAAAAUGAUCUUGAACAAUUCCAUACCCCAACUCCUCCUGCAGGACUCGAUUCCUUUUGUGAUGAUUGCUCAGACCCAUUUUGUGAUUCAAGUGCAGCAUUAUGCCGUCAAUUGUUUCAUUGUCCACAUUGCAGGAAGAGUUAUCCUACGAUUCUCGAAUUUAACACUCACUUAACAGGUGUGCAUCCAUCUCAAAAGCCAUUUAGGUGUCAGAUAUGUUUGGAACCUUUCCAUAAAAAGUCACAUUUGCGCAGGCAUUUGGAUUCAAACCAUUCACGUAAAGAUGUAAACAAAUGCUCGGUUUGCUCUAAAUAUAUAAAAGAUAAAAGCAACCUCCGUAAGCAUAUGCAAGUGCAUACAGGUCGCGUUCCUCAGAAACAGUUUAAAUGUGACCUGUGUAAUAAUAAACGUUAUAUGUCACUGGACCGUUUAAAUAAUCAUAAAGUGGUUUGUACAGGUGAAAAGGUGUUGAAAUAUUGCGAUAUGUGUACUAAAGUGUUUGAUAAUUCAAGAUCAUUAAAUAGCCACAAGAAGGUCCAUGCAAGAGAAUUGAAAUGUGAAAAUUGUGGUGAGCAACUUCGGUCUCUAGAGCAAUUCAAUAGUCAUCAGUUAGUUUGCCUCAGAAACACAGCAGAGGUUGCAGUCUGUGCCUCAACUAGUAGUGGAGCCUCUGUAAGCCGUUGCUGCACCGAGCCUGGUUUGUGUGAACACGACAAACCUGCCUACUUGAAUAUACCGAGUUACGCAGCUGGUAGAGUGCUGGACGCAACACUUUCUUCAUUGAAAACAGAAAUGAACUGACAGCACAUAUAGCACUCUUAUGCAGUAUGUAUAUUUAUUCUUACAUUGAGUUCAUUUUAUACAAAUUACCAAAUAGUUUAAUGAAUGAUGGUUAUAAUUUUUCACAAUCAAAAAUUACACAAGACUGAUGCAAAUAUCCCGCCUCACAACUUGCUUUAUUAUUACCAUUAAAAUUUAAAUUGUAGUUAGUAAGUAAAUUAAUUUAAGUACUGGUAGUUUUAUGUAUAUCCAAUAUCCAUGUAUGGUUUUGAAACAUUAAAUCUGUUACGUACUGCCAUCAUUGGGACAAUUUUUAUAUUGCCUUGUGGAUAUGCAUAAAAUUAAAUAUACAAUUUAUUUUUAUUUAAUUACUUAAUAGAUACCACCUAUAUUCCAUAAAAGCAGCUUUACUAUUUAAAAUCAGAAACAAUAUUUACAUACAGUACAUGAUAUAAUGUACUUUAUUAUUUGAAUACUGUUAACGCCUCGACUGAUUUAGACUACUAUUAGUGUGCAGUAUUACAUUUAACAUUUUUUUUUUAUUUUUCUAUUUUUAAAUUGUAAGAGCUAUAUUUUUUUUAUAAUUUUUUAGAAUAAUUUUAAGGUACCUAAAAUUAAAGGAUAGACAUAGUUAAUAGUUAUAGCAACUAUUUUCUAAUGCUUUAAACAUACUUGUUUGUCUAUAGAUGCGUCUAUAUUAAUUAAUAUACAUAUUAUAAUUUGUAUAAUGUACUCUGCAUUACAUCUUAAAGACAAUCAUUUUAAUAAGAGACACUUGAAUAAUAAUUAUACUAUUACUUGUGUAUAAGUGCAAUCCAUACAAGGCUAAGCCAUGCAUAGUGUGUUUAGUAUGUUAAUUAGAAAGGGAAAACUAAAAUGUUUUUAUCUUUCAGUAUAACACACUCAAAUUCUUCUUUGAUAUUUGUAUUAGUAUUUACUUCUUAAGAUGAAAACAUAUUGGUUUAAGAAUCCAAACCAUAACAAAUCUGUUCGAUUUUUGUUUCAAAAUUAAAGAAUAUAAUUCUUAUUGAAUUCAAAAAUUAUCCCAUAAAUUUUGUAUAGAAUCUAUGUAAGAAUUUCAUAAUAAGCACAUCAUUAUAUUAUCAUUUAAGUUUUAUGUUAUCAUAUAAAAUUAUUAUUAUAUUAACAUAUAUACACUGUUACAUUAAAAGAAAUGAGACUUCAAAUUUGAAGUUUGUUUAUUUGUUGCUAAUUUAAAUUUUGUUUUAAACACAAACUUGUUUAUUUAAUAUAUAGUUUAAAAAAGUAUAUUUUACAUCUGGUAUGUGUUAGCUCAGUUAUUAAUAUUAUAUAUAGGAAAAAAAAACUAACACAAAAAAAAAAACAUUUGUAAAGUUCUUAAAAAGUCAUUCAUUUUUAACUAUGCGUAAUAUAUCUAUUAUUAUUAUUUAUUACCACUACAUAUUACAAAUUAAAUUGUUGCAAAAAGUAUGCUAAGAAAAUUUGCAGAUAUUUUCAUCAAAUAUGUGAGGAAUGAAGAUGCUAAAAAAAUCUACAAAUGAAUCUCAAUACAUUCUAAAUACCUAGGUCACAUUUAUUUGUUUCAAUUCUGCUUCUAAAAGUGCUGAUAGACAAUAACACUAACUCAUCAAAAUUAAACACAAACUUUUAUUUGUUAAGAGCAGAAAGAAGCAAUUUUUUAUCGUCAAAGCAUAGGUAGUUUACUUCUCAAAUCCCAACAUUCUCGGUUUUGUUUUUUAAUUUUAUCGAACCGCUCUUCGAUCACGUCAUGGUAUAUUUUGUUAUAUCGUGAUUUUAAAACCAACAAUCUCAUUGGUCUAACAUUCACCGAGCAAACGAACACAGGUGUCUUGAUAUUAUUUUUAUUUUCCAAUACAAGAUUAUUGCGCGUAAUUAGCGUUGAGAGUAAAAUUUCAAGGUCGCGUCAUGGCAAUACCGUCACGCCAUGGAGUAAGGCAACGGUUUUGGUAUCUUUGAAUCUUGCCAAAUACGUUUCACUUCUGACACGUGCUCGGCACACACGCUCUUUUUACUUUUAAUGUUAUUCAUUCAAACUUAAAUUUACGAAAGCAAAAUAUAGUUACAACGAAACAUUAAACGUAAAGGCUGAACAUUGCCCCAUACAGAGUAUGGAACCUUCGCAAUAAAAUACCGCUCAGCUCAGUGUAAUUAUCACCCUAUCCAAAACAUUGCUCCCAUGACCCAUCCUAUAAAGCUCCCAUAAAGAAAUAUUUAAUAUCACUUUAUUUGUGUUAUUAUUACCUGGUUAUGAUGUUAUUGAAUGACUUUUUAAGUAAUUACAACCUUUUACAACAAUAUUGGGUUUAUUCCGAAUAAUAUUUAUGCGAUAUUUGAUAUCCAAUGUAUGUAGUUUUAACUUUCUUUAUUAAAACAUUGUUUAAAUAGAUUAAAAUAAUAUUGUUAAUGCAUAAAUUAGGUACAAUAGUACAAAUGAAGUUUUAUUAUUAACGGUUUAUAUGAGGCUCAUUUCAACAGAUAUUGGUCAUAAAAUUGGGUGGGAUUAAAAAUUAUUUUAUAGAACAGAAACAUAAAUAAUUUUGUGUUCCAACCGUUUUCAAUUCUAAAAUAGUAAGUGUAUGGCGAAUUUAGAAGUCGAUAGCCUGAUGUUUUAUUUUUAUGCACCUAGAAUUAAGAAAAAAAUGUGUUCAUAUGGUUUAGUUGUACCUAGAAUAAAAUUAGUUUUAUGUUUGCUUGCCGGGUACUGAUAAAGCGUCGCUACGUGCGCGCACUUUCAUACUAGCCCAUCAACUCUAUGGACUAGUAAGAAAGUGCGCGCACGUAGCGACGCAACUCCCCAUACAAUUGAUGGGAGAGACAAAAUAGUUGCGGAGACAAAGUUGCUCGUGCACGCUAGCUCUAAAACUUAAAGUUAUGUCGUAUUUUUAUAGAUCAGUAUGUACCUACAUGUGUCAUUAAGGUAUUAUUACUACGUAUAGAGAGGACACCACGAACAAAAUCUGUGCGACAAGCGCGGCGGCGCGGGGCGGCUAGUGAGUCAUACACUUUGUAGAUAUUCUGCCUCUUAUUUCUUAUAAAUAAAUUAAAACCAAUCAAUGUAACAAAAAAAAUAGGUUUGAGACAAUUGACUAUAACUCGUGUUACAAAUAGUGUAGUAGUUAGCGAUGUCUUCUCUAGUACGUAGUACAUAGUAACUCAAUGACAUGUGAAGGUAUCUUUAAAAAUAUACGAUUAUUUGGAAGAAAGCAUAUUUUUUUAAUUCAAUAGCUUCGGUUAAGUAUUUUGGAUUAUGCCAUUAAUUUAUGCUUUUCGUUACGAGAUUCGAGGAAAUAUAAUUCAUCCAUAAUGACAUUUCUAUACUUAGACACAGACUUGGGCCAAUUUUUCAAUCCUUGGUUAAAAUUUAUCCGUCCAAUAAAUAAAGUAUUACACGAAAAUUUUAAAAUGUCACCCGUAAACUAUCAAAUACGGACAAAUAUAAUACCUACAUUUUUGAAAUGGUAGUUUAAUACGUUAUCCGAUGAAUAAGUUUUAACCAAGGAUUGAAAAAUCAGCCCUUAGAUAAAUAAAAUGUAUCGAGAUGUAGUAUCUCUCGACUUUGACGCCGUUAUCUCUUUCCCGAUGAAGAUGUUUAGAGUGAUCUAACGACCUUUCAAUGAUAAAACCAUUGAUAAAACAUCCUUACCCACCACUUAUGACAUUUUUCAUAUAAAUUUAGUCAGUACCCGGUUUUGCUUUAAACUUAUAGACAGUGCAAUUCCUGCUUAUCAAUAUUCUAUAAAUCCACCGAUAUUUAAUUGUUGCUCUCAAGCAAAGUAGUACGUACCUCUUUCAACAGAAAUAUAGUUACAAUAAGAGAGCAAUUUGUAAAUACAAACUGCUCUUCUUGUUACCUUACAAAUUAAGUUAUUAUUUUCAGUGGUAAUACUGCGUUUAUACCCAUUGAAUGUACAAUAGACAUAUUUUAUACGAUAAUAAACAGACAUAUUAUUAU